GCGACAUGCCAGCUGAUUCCAAGAUGGCUAGUAAAAAGAUUCUAAACUUUAACAUCGGAGUUCUUGGCCACAUCGAUAGUGGAAAAACAUCACUUGCAAAAGCUUUAAGCUCCACUGCAUCCACAGCUUCUUUUGAUAAAAACCCUCAAAGUAAGGAACGUGGCAUAACUCUGGAUCUCGGCUUUUCUUCAUUUCAAGUACCCAUCCCAGAACAUUUGAAGGAGCACGGAUUUGACAUUCUUCAGUUUACACUCGUCGACUGCCCGGGCCAUGCCUCCCUUAUCAGAACAAUCAUUGGAGGUGCUCAGAUUAUCGAUAUGAUGAUGCUUGUCGUCGACGUUACCAAAGGGAUGCAGACUCAGACUGCCGAGUGUCUUGUGAUCGGAGAGAUACUUUGCGAGAAAAUGGUCGUCGUGCUGAACAAGACUGACUUGUUGAAAGAAGAUAAAAAACAAGCGUUAAUCGAAAAGAUGGCCAAGAAGCUUACCAAGACAUUGGAAAGCACCAAGUUUGCAGGUUCUCCAAUUUUACCAGUCUCCGCUAAGCCUGGCGGACCUGACUCCCCAGAUUCUGAACCUGUUGGAACACAGAUGCUAGUUGAUUUACUCUCAUCCUUGUCGUACCUUCCUAACAGAGAUCCUUCUGGACCAUUGGUGUUUGCUGUUGACCACUGCUUCUCCAUUCGAGGUCAAGGCACUGUGAUGACGGGCACUAUUCUCAGUGGAAGUCUCAAAAUUAAUGACACAAUUGAGAUCCCCUCCCUGAAGAUCACCAAGAAGGUAAAAUCCAUGCAGAUGUUCAAGGCUCCUGUCACGGAUGCAUCACAAGGUGACAGAGUGGGCAUGUGCGUCACCCAGUUUGAUCCAAAGCUGUUGGAGAGAGGCCUUGUCUGUAGUCCCAGUACUGUACCCACUGUUUUUGCUGCAGUUGUUUCAGUUAAACCAAUAUCAUACUACAAAGGAACCAUCACUUCAAAAUCAAAGUUUCACAUAACAAUUGGUCAUGAAACCGUGAUGGGUACACUUCAAGUGUUUGGCCUUCCUCCUGGGCAAUCAAUGGAUCCCAAGACACAAGAAGCCUUUGAUAUUUCUAGAGAGUACAUCUUUCAAGAAGAGGUGAUAGAUCAGUCAAAGAAAAGUUUAAGCACAGGUGGUUGUGAAGAUUCAGAUCCACAAAGCAAGUCUGUUUCAAGUCAUCAGUGGCUUUUCAUUGAGUUUGAAAAACCUGUGACAUGCCCAGAGCAUUCUCUUGUGAUUGGCUCACGGCUUGAUUCUGAUAUUCAUCUUAACGUCUGUAGAAUAGCAUUUCACGGAAGGCUAUUACUUCCAGUGACAGAGAAGAACUUUAAGGAAACCCUUUUACCCCAACUUAAGAUAUACAAGAUCAAGGCAAAGCAAGGUGUUGUGGAGAGAAUGGCUGAUGAAUAUUCUGUCAUUGCUCACUCUUUGUUUAAGAAAGAAACAAACAUUCAAAAUUUUGUGGGUAUGAAAGUGACCCUGUCAACUGGAGAACAAGGAAUGAUUGAGGGUGGGUUUGGUCAAAGUGGUAAAGUCAAGAUCAGGAUUGCUACUGGCUUGUCUCCUGAUACUGCUUUGAAGCUUUCUUCCGGUGGAAAGAAAAAAGGAGGUGGAAAAAACAAGGGAACCACAUCGGAAACUCCAAAUGAGGAAACAAAUUCUUCAGAGCAAGUCACAAGACCUAUCAAAGUAACACUGGAGUUCAAGAGAUACAAUUAUGAUCCUAAAAAGAAAAUGGUUCAAUGAAGAGCUUUUAAAACUGUUUUCACCUUAGCAUCCAUAUUCUCCAAGCAAUUCUGUUUCCAUUUCCAAUGGAAUUGACAAGGAGAAUUUGUUUGACAAUCAGGAGCUUCUUAAUUUGGUGAUCAUUUACUUUAUCCUCAUGACCCUAACAGUUGAAUCAAAGGUGCUACUGUGAGGAGAAAUUAGAAGUCAGUCACACUCACAGGUUAAAAGGAUAAUACUGAUUUAUGAGGAACAUCACAGUAAAUGUUGAUGGAAGAAGUUUUAACCUAUGAUUAGAAUUUUUCAAUUGGUGAUCAUCUAAUUUAUUCUCAUGAUCUUUACAUUUGAUUCAAGGGUGAUGCUCCAAAGAGAAAUUAGAUGUCAGUCAC